AUGGAUCAACCGAAGAUAUCUCAAGAGCUGCUAAAGGACAGUUGUGAUUGGGUGACAUUCAAUAUGAACGUUCCCACAGCCAGUCACAUGGGAGGCACAUGGGAAAGGCUCAUCCGUUCAAUCAGACAGGCGCUCUCAACAUUGCUGCAGAAACAUGGGCAACAACUGGAUGAUGAGCUCUUGAGGACCCUCAUGACCGAGGCUGAAGCAAUUGUGAACAGCCGACCUCUCACCUACGUUGACAUGGUGGCCCCAGAUUCAGAAGAGCCCCUCACGCCAAGCCAACUGCUAAUGCUGAAAAGCAAGGUAGUUCUCCCUCCGCCAGGAGUCUUCAUCCAACAAGAUCUUUAUUGCCGACGCCGAUGGCGCAGAGUCCAGUACCUGGCCAACCAGUUCUGGUCACGUUGGAAGACUGAGUAUUUGUCGACCCUACAAGAGCGGAAGAAGUGGCAGAAGGCUCAGCAGAAUCUGGAGGUAGGCAACAUCGUCAUGAUGGUCGACGACUCCACUCCCCGAUGCCAGUGGCAACUCGCUCGUGUGGUUGAGACGUACCCAAGCUCAGACGGUCACAUCAGGAAGGUCAAGCUCCAAACUGGUCGAUCUGUCUUCGAGAGGCCUAUCCAUAAGGUUGUACUACUGUUGGACCAGGGACGCCCCGACGAGGAGCCAAAUGCCUGA